AUGUUGUUUCCCAAUUCCAAGCGGGCCCCUGUCCCUGGCUUCAAGAUCUGCUUCAACGACAGCAGUAACGCAGAGCAUCGUAUAUUCCACAUCGACAUCAAGGAUGUGAGAAAAUGGCGAGACGCGUUCAAGCCAAAGAGGCUUGAUAACAAAACAGACCGAAGGCGCCAAGACACCCGCGCAUCAAUGGCUCAAUGGGCCAUCACCAACAGUUCCUUUGUUACUUGCAACCAAGAGGAUAUUCCCAUUCCAGUACGCGAGCCAGAAUCCACUGACAGUGAAUCAUCAUGUGACUCCCUAAUUUUUACAAUGGAGAAGUUGGAUGUCUUUGGAAACACGAAAUACAAUGGCACAGUUGAUGCUAAAAUGGUUGCAGAACGGGUCAAGACCAAAAGGAUCCUCGAAGGUACGUUGACUCCGGACCCUGACCGAAACUAUGAGGGCGAAUUUACCCUCUUGUUCCUAUCAUUCGUCGCUAAAGAGGAAGAGACUCAACGGGAACAACAGCCUGAUAUUGUUGAUGAUGGUCCGAAAGGGUGGAAAUUUCUGCAUGGCAUUAUCACCGCGGGGCAGAGCGAUGAGUCCAGUGAACUUCCUGCUUACCAUCCCAGCCAACGAGCAUUUGUCCUUCUUCGGAAAUUCAGGGGGCCUUUCCUGGUUACCUGUUCUAGACGAAACAUUGAUGCUUGCAGCCACGCGGAACUCCUGAAGCUCAUUUGGCAGAUGGAGAUGACCGGAUGGAAUGACAUGAUCUAUGUCACCCAGAAGGAUGAGGAGGUCCCUUACCGCAUCAAAAGUAAGAAAAGAGCCGAAGUGUUGGAAUGGGGAUGCUUUGAAGAUGAUUACGAGCGUCCACGGAUGCCAGUUAAAGAGGCAAGAAACUAA